AUGUUAUUUAACGAACCGUGGUAUUUAUCUCUUUCACUUUUUGAACGUACAUUAGCUUGUAUUAAUUUGGCCGCAUUUCUUUCAUCAUUAUCACAAUGGCGCGGUCAAAUAGGUAGUACUGGUAUAUUACCUGCAUAUAGUUUCGUUCGCUAUUGGAAAGAACGUAAAAUGACAUUUUUUCAACGCCCAACACUUUGUUUAAUUAUUUCGGAUUCCGACAAUUUUCUUUUGGCACUUCAUUGGAUAGGAAUAAUUUGUUCAAUAAUGGCAUUUUUUGCAAUUAUUCCAAUAGGUAUAUGUUUUCUUGGCUGUUGGCUUUGUUAUUCAUCACUAGUAACUGUAUCAACAACAUUUAUGGGUUUACAAAUGCAUUCAAAUUUAUUAGAAACAAAUAUGCUUUAUGUAUUAUGUUCACCAUUUCUUGCUGCACAACCUGAAGUAUUUGUUUUUAUUCAAUGGACACUUCUAUUUCGUAUUAUGCUUGGUGGUGCUGUGGGAAAAUAUACAGGUGGAGAUCGAAGUUGGAAAGAUGGCUCAGCGAUGUUGUGGCAUUAUUGGACUCAACCUUUACCUAAUCCAUUAUCACCAAUUUUUUAUCGAAUGUCAGCUUCGAUUCAUAAAAUGGAAACAUAUUUUACAUAUAUUAGUGAAGGCAUAGGAGCAUUACUUUGUUACACACCGCAAAUAACACGUUGGAUUUCAUAUGUUUUCUUUUUACUGAUUUUAUUGGGAAUUAAUAUAACAGGAAAUUAUGCUCAUCUGGCACCGUUAACAAUAACAGAAAUGAUUUUACUUUUAAAUGAUAAUGUUUGGCGUUCAUUAAUUCCAUUUGAAUUUAUCAUUUCAUUUCUGGAAUAUACAUCAAUUCCACCAUAUUCAAUAGCAUGGCCAUUUAAAUUAUUACCAUGGAUAUGUAUUGCUUUGCCUUAUUUUUUUAUAUCACUUAUACCAUUAUGGUCAACAUUUCGUGAGGAAAAUCCAUUUUCAUGGCCAAUAUUCAUUCGUUAUUCAACUCGUCCAUUAAUAUUAACACAAUCUAUAUAUUAUAAUAAACAUUUUCAACGUUAUUUUCUAAUACCGUGGAAUUAUAUAAUGAAUUGGUCUGAAUAUGGUUAUGAUUUAUUAUCACCAAUACGACUUUGUGGACGUUAUGUUAAAUUUGCUCAUAUGACAAAACGUCGUUGGGAAAUUAUUAUUGAAGGAAGUGAUAAUGGAUCAGAUUGGUAUGAAUAUGAAUUUAAAUAUAAACCAUCAAAUAUAAAUAAACGUUUAGCUAUUGUACCAUUUUGUCAUAUGCCUAAUCUUGAUUGGAGACUUUGGUUUUUACCAAAUGAUGCAGCUCGUGGUGCUCCACCACCACAUUGGUUCGACGUAUUUUUGCAACGUAUUCUUGAUCAUAAUCAAGCUGUUUUAGCAUUACUUGGUCGAUUACCUGAACCAUUUCGUAAUAAACCACCAAAAUAUAUACGCGCAUGGUUAUAUGAUUAUCGUUUUACCUAUAAACGUGAGCAAGAUUCAAAACAAUUAGUUGAAAAAACACCACCUGAUCAAAUUGGUCGAACAUGGUAUCGCAAUCGUGUUGCAAUUCGAAUUGGUUUUCCUGUAAUGAUUAAAGCUUCAGAAGGUGGUGGUGGUAAAGGAAUACGAAAAUCUACAAGUCGAGAUGAUUUUGAAAAUCUUUUUCGACAAGUUCAAAUGGAAGUACGAGGUUCACCUAUAUUUCUAAUGAAAUAUGCUGAUAGUUGUCGACAUUUGGAAGUACAAAUUCUUGCUGAUCAAAGUGGACAAGCUAUAUCAUUAUUUGGUCGAGAUUGUUCAAUACAAAGACGUCAUCAAAAAAUUAUUGAAGAAGCACCAGCUGUUAUAGCACCAUCUGAAGUUCUUGAAAAAAUGGAAAAAGCAGCUGUACGUUUAGCAAAAAUGGUUGGUUAUGUUAGUGCUGGUACAGUUGAAUAUUUAUUUAAUCCAAAUGAUCAAACAUUUUUCUUUCUUGAACUUAACCCUCGAUUACAAGUUGAACAUCCUUGUACAGAAAUGAUUACUGAUGUUAAUUUACCUGCAUGUCAAUUACAGGUUGAACAACGUGACGAUGAUGAUGAUGGUAUGAGAAAAGAUGAAUCCAUUUGA